CAACCGUUGUCUGCGUAGAGGAAAACAAACUGAGCGAAUGUUCACGAUGUUUUAACGUAGACAAAUAAAGACGAUGACGUGUAAAGUGUACAUGUAGUGGUGUGUUCUAUACACGCACACAGCAGCAGCGAAGCAGCGAUACAGACGGUGAGCGAGUUAUUAUCAUCGACCACGACAAGACACCAGAGAUAGUCGAGAGGUCUUUUUUGUUGGUUUCUGUUCAUUUUCAAUUUGUUAUGUGCCUAUUUUGUACGAAUUUAUUCCGUUUCUAUCAAUUUUGGUUGUUCGAUGUAAAUUGACAGCGUGCAUUGUCGCAACGUAAUAAACGAGUGAACGGUGUACAAAUGUGACCAAAUGACAAUUGCUGCGGCCGAAAAAUAAGUGAAAGAAAGAAAAAAGUCAUAUCGUGUACAAAGUGAAAAUUGUUGUUAUAGGACUUUGGAUCUGUUUAUUUUGGUAGUGGAAACGUACUGGUGAAACAGAAGAGGAAAAAAAAAACAGAAACCGUACGAUGAAUUGUAAACUGAACACGCGGACUGUAUAGUACACCAAUAAAGCGAAUAGAACGGUGAACAUUAGAAAUAUACAGACCGCAUAAAGACCACACGAGAGAGACAGAGUGCGAAAGAGAGAGAGAAAAACAAUCCCCGAAAUUAGAAUAUGACGGAGGCAUCGAUAUGGCGUGUGUUCGAAAUAGAUACACACAUUCUGCUAUAGUCUAUAGGAUAUAACAGCAAGUCAUAGCCGCUAGAUAAUUAUAAAUUAUUACAUAUUUACUCUCUCGUGGCGAGAACUCACUGUAAGCGCAAACACUCGACCGAGCUAGAGGAACGAAAAAAGAACAACAGAAUAGUAGAGAAGCAACAAAUAGCCGAGAAGAGGAGAGACGGAAAAAAAAUAGUGAUUCUGUUUGUGUUUUUGUAUAAAUAGUUCAAUUGAGAUUAAUGAUGUCGACAGUGCAGCUGUGAAUCGGAUACACAUCGAAUACUAGUCAAGACAAGCCCCGCAGUUUGAAUAGCAAAAAAGAGAUGUGAUUGCUUCUUUUUUUCGUUUGUAGUUUGUUCGUUGUGUGAUAGUGGCUGUGAUUAAAAACCCAUAUCAAUUUAUUUACACUGUUCAUUGCACUGUGAUAAAUACAAUUUUUCGUUCGAUUACGAGAUUGUGUUUGUGUGUCUAAUGAUGGAUUGAACAUUAAAUUAAUUUUUGUGACGCUUGAAAUGCAUUAACUCGGUCGGCCGAUGGGCUGUGUGUAAACGAAAACAUCUAAGCUUAAUUUUUCUUUGAUUUCGACAUUCAUGCAAAACAUCGCACGAUUUGUGAAUAUAAUUGCGUAGAUUGGCGCGACCGCCGAAAUCGUUUUGUAUCAAGUAUGUGCUUCGAUCGCUUUGUGUAUCAAGAAUCGAUCACUUCAAGUUCAGGCCCAAUAAAGAAUCGAUAAGAAAAUAUUUCGCUUUUAAAAUCAUUUACAAAUACAGAAACAAUUGAUCGAUCCAGAACCAUCUGAUUGAUGUUGAAUGGCUUUUGCGUACUUUUUGUUCGAUCGUACGAUUAGUGUGCGUCAAUUUCUGAAAAAGUUCUAAUUUUUUCGUUGUACGUCAUUUGGUGUGUAGAUUUGAUAAGAGUUGUACUCGAGAGCAGAGUGAACGUGAACCAAAAAACUUUUGACACAGACAAAAUGGCACAAGGUGUGUCACAUUUACUACGGGACAGUUGGUUGACAUCCGCAUCGGCACCGUCACCGCCAACGCCAACCUCAUCGGCACUUCGGAAUAGUGCAAAAAUGGCGGACAAACAGGAAAAAGAGAUUAUACAUUCGGGUCAUUUUAUGGUGUCACACUUUGAGGCUGAAGCACAGGAUGACGAAGACUCCGAAUUGCCAAUGCCCGAUCCGGAUGAGAGUGGUGCCAUCGUUCCAUUGAACACAUGCACCGAUGUGGUCGCAUUAUCGGGCAUCAACAAUCGCAGCCAAGCCAUCGUUGCAACAAGUGCGCGGCCAAACAAUGCUGUAAUCGACAUUUCGCUGGCGAAACUGUUCAAAUGCAUGAACCUAGCUUACAGGCAAAAGUUGACAUCGCCCAAAUGGAACAGUUUUAAAGGUAUUCGCCUGCGUUGGAAAGAUAAAAUCCGAUUGAACAAUUUGAUUUGGAGGUGUUGGCACAUGCAAUUCAUAAUGAAAAAGAAAACGCCAGUGUGUCAGUUUGCAUCACCGCUUGAUGUUGAUUUGCACAGUAAGCCCGAAUCGGUUGUGCUCGAAGGCAAAUAUUGGAAGCGUCAAUUCGAUGUUAUUAAAGCCGAAUACAUGAAAUGGCGAAAGUUUUAUCGUAACCGUGGACUCGCCAACGCUAUACUAGAUACAGUUAGCGAAAUCGAUGUUUUUGAUUGGUCGCCGGCAACAAGUGAUAAGAAUUUAAUGAGUAUUGAUGACUACUGCUGGACAGCUGAUACAUUAUUCUCAACCAUUAAUUCGACACCGUUCCCAUUCCCGGAUCCACGUGAAAUAGCAAGGGCUGGUAUCGCUGAUUUUAUUCAGCCAAGCUUAGGGCCGCUACAGCCAAAUCUGGAUGAUUUUAUGAAUGAAGGCAAUUUACAAGACCUCAUCAAUAGUCAUUUAUCAUCGCGUUUAGCGCCUGUGCCAGAAGAGGUUAGCGACGACGGCAUGUACAGAAAUGACAUGUCUUAUGAUUUUCCAUCUAUUAUGGAUUCAGAUUCAAUGGAAUCGACUAUGAUGCAGCAAGCGACAAUCACAGAUGUCACAAAUUUAAAUGCCCGCAAUCAGUUGAACGAUCCAUUGAUAUGUGCUUCCGAUGAGCGAACGAUGCAACAAUCGCAAAAUUCACCGAACAUGCUGCCAUUCAAUACACAAACCCAAGCCUCAGUCUUGCCAUAUCAGAGCAAUAUCUCACAGACGCAAGCAAUGCAACAGCAAAGUAUGGGCCAAUCAAAGUAUGGUAAUGUGGUGUCAUCUCAGUCAAUGCUCAAUCAAAGCAGCGCAUACAUGGGUGCGAGUACAAAUGCGGCGGGGAUUCAGCCACAAAAUGAUCUAUCGAAUUUGACGGGAGCAAAGAAGCGAGUACCGAUCAAAGAGCGUGGUCUUCGUUCACAGUUGUUUGGUCGACGAGAGCCACAUAAUUAUGAUAAAUCGACACCCACACAGCAUCAAACCAAUCUGUACAAUCAAAUGUUGUCUCAACAAAAUCGAAACCAGCUUCAGAUGCAACAACAACAGCAGCAGCAGCAACAGGCAGCGCAACUCACAAACGCAAUGAGCGCCACAUCAAUUUAUAGUAGUACAAAUUUUUUAGGCACGCAAAAUGUCCAAUCACCGUCAACAAACAGCUAUGUGAAUGCAUUAAAUUUAACGUCAUCUAAUAAUUUCAAUAUGCCACAAAACCAAAUGAGCACAAAUAUGAUGAGUAUGAUGUCAAAUACGACACAACAGCCGCAAAUGCAAGCAGCACUGCAACAGCAAACGGGCAACGUGAAAACGGGGUCAAAUCUGUUGUCGCUGUUGUCGAUGAAAAGUCCAUCGAAUGCAUCCGAUAUUGAUAUUAGUCAACUAGAUCCGUACAAAAUGGGAUCGUCGGGCUCAUCGUCUGGCGCAUACAAGCCAUAUUCAUUACAGCAAUCGGGAAAAAGUGCAUCAUUUCAACAGUUGCCACAACGAAAUUUGCCGAUGUCAUCGCCGUCGUCGGUGACACCACAACUGAAUCCAUUGCUAAGCGAACGGCAACAACAACAACAACAACAACAACAACAACAACAACAGCUCACUGUUAACACAGCGGCAAUUGACAAAGAAAUGUUCCGUUCGAAAAGUCUGCCGAUGAAUAGUACACUGCAAUUGCCUGUGAUGCGAGAGGAAUCGUUUGUCAUACCAAAGUAUCAAGCCUCCAAAGCGGCGUCAAACCGCAUUCGUGCCAGAAGCAAUUCAAUGAUUUCAAAGCAACAACAUCACAGUACACCGUCGCUACAGUCGGCAACGAGUGAACCCAUGCUGAAAACCCUUGCACAAUUGCUCACAUCAACGUCGACGGGCGGCAGUUCAUCAGUUACUAAUUUACAACAGUCCAACGUACUUCAAAAUGCCAACGUUGUUUCACCCAACGAGAUAACGAUGUCACAAUCACAGCAGAAAAAACCAAUUAACCAAUUCCAAAGUCCAUAUGCAACGCAAUUCUCGCAACCCUUAUCGCCUGAUAACAAAUUCAUCGGUUCACCCAGCACAAGCACCGCGACACUUUCAUCGUCAUUAUCGCCCGGAUCGAGCGGAGAGUCAAUGCAACGACGUGUUGGGCACAUUCAUGCCGAACAAAAACGUCGCUAUAACAUUAAGAAUGGUUUUGAUAUGCUACACACGCUGAUACCUCAAUUACAACAAAAUCCAAAUGCUAAACUAAGCAAAGCAGCUAUGCUUCAGAAAGGAGCCGAAUACAUUAAACAAUUACGAACUGAACGAGACGCGAUCAAUCAGAAAAUGGACGUAUUGCGCAAAGAACGCGACACACUCAAUAACUCGUUGAAUCAUUUGCACUCAGUUCUUCCCGCAAACGGAGCGCCAGUAUCACGACAACGCACCAGUCGCGUUAAGGAAAUGUACACAGAAUACAUUCGAGAAAAAACGUUACAAAAUUGGAAAUUUUGGAUUCUUGGCCUCAUUUUUGAACCCCUUUUAAAUUCAUACAAUGCAACAGUUUCUGUGGCCAGUAUGGAAGAGUUAUAUCGAUCAGCGAUGAUUUGGGUGGAUCAGCAUUGUUCUUUAGUUGAAAUUCGUCCAGGUAUUGAUUAUUUUGAUUUCAUUGCAUUAUUAAAUUAUAUUUGUCUACUUGUUGAAGUUCGAAUCAGACGAGUAAAUAUUUUCAAAGUGUAUCAAAUUUCUGUGCAAUUUUUGAAUGAAUUGAAAAUCGGUCAUUGAGCCUCGAUAAUCCAAUCCAAUUUGUUUUCUUGUAUUUGUAGCUGUUUCGGACAAGCUUCGUUAUUUGUCAACAACGACCGAUAUUCUAUCUGAUCCGCCAUCAACGUUGCAGGAGGAGGUAUUGAAAGCGAUAUCAUCCAAUAAUGCGGGCAGUUCAAGCCUUCUGUAAAUAAAAACCAUGUUGCACCAUUCAAGUGCAUCAAGAUGUGUGGCAGCAUAUUUUUCAAAAUUAAAAAAAAGAAGACUGAAAUGUGCAUCAAUUCACAAUAACAUAAUAACUCGUUGUGUUCCACUAGAACCCAUAUGCAUCGUAAUGGAUAUGGCGACAUGGAAAUGAGGAACUGACUAAAGAAAUGUGGCCAGCUACAGCAUAAAAUGUUGCAAAAGAAAUGAAAAUAAUUCGUAUAAAUAAUUCAUAAUCAAUAGAUUGUUCAAUGUUAAUAUAUUUGUGCGUUCGUUAGAGAGUAUUUAAGGCGUCGAAAUAUUUUGAAUAUUCGAUCAUAUCUAAUUAUGUACUUUGCGAUCUUUUUUACUAGCAUCGAUUUAAACAAACAAAAACACUUGCUUGGAAAAACACAAUUCGAUACAAUAAUUUCGGAAAAACAAAUUCUGAAGAGAAAAAAAAGCAAAAACAAAAACUGAAAUGCAAACAAUUGGAAAUUGUUGAAAUGCUUCAUUAAAGAAAAUAUUCUUAUUCAAUGACUCGAAGUAUGACACUUCGUCAUAACAUUUUGAAUUCGCCUUAUUGUUAGUGAUUUUUUUUUUUUGUUAUUACAAAACAUAGCUUUUAAGUGGACGAAGAAGAAAAUGAAAAGAAAACAAAAUGCCAAAAAACUGUUAAUAAUUUAAAAAAAAAAAAAAGGAUUUCUUAAGUCGAUCCCAAGACCAUAA